GGAAGGUAGGUUGCAGAUCAAGUUUUGGCAGAGCAUCGUUUAACCGAAUGGAGGCCGAGUGCGAGGAAUGGCGGUGACGAGCCUUGCCGAGGCAUCUAGCGAAGCUAGCUAGGUGACCGUUGGAACUCCUUCCCGCCAAAACGGAGAAAUGAAUGCUUUCACUGUGAGCCUUUGCAAAACCUCUCAGUCUCUAAGCAAAGACCCAAAUGCUUGGAAUUCAAUUCUCAAGAACCAUGCAAAGCUCAAAAAUGACAGAGCAAUCCUUACUUCCUACUUGCAAAUGGAGUCUUUGGGCAUUCAGCCGACUGUUGCCACUCUGCCUCUCGUUCUCAAGGCUUGUUCGAGAUUACAUGAUGUUGAUUUUGGUAAAAAGAUCCAUUCUGAUAUAAUUAUGUUUGAUUUCACUGAGGAUGUCCGGAUUAGGACUGCCCUCAUUGAUUUUUACUGUAAAUGUGGGUUCUUGGAUGUUGCUCUUGAGUUGUUUGAGGAAAUGCCGAAGAGGGAUGUGGUGUCUUGGAAUGCCAUGAUUUGUGGUUAUGUUGGGAAUCAGAAGUAUGAUGAUGCUUUGUUUCUGUUUUUGAGACUGAGUAUGGAGUGCUUGAAGCCCAGUUCGGUGACAUUAGUUAGCCUCAUUACGGUGUGUGCGGAGUUGCUCGAGUUUAGGCUAGGACGAGCUGUUCAUUGCUAUUGUUUGAGGAAUGGGUUUUUCCAUUCAGAAGUUCAUUUGGGUACUGCAUUGAUCGGGUUCUAUUCAAGGUUUGAUGUGAGGUUGUCGCGCCAUGUAUUUGAUUUGAUGUCGAUGAGGAAUGUAGUUAGUUGGAAUGCUAUGAUAUCCGAGUAUUUUGAUGCAAGGGCUGAUUUUGAAGCUUUACAGCUCUUUGUUCAAAUGAUAUUAGCUGAUGUAAUUCCUGAUUCAGUGACAUUCCUUACGGUUUUGCAAUCUUGUGGUGAAUUUGAAUGUUUGGAGAUGGGCAAACAAGUUCACCAAUUAGCCAUAAAACACCAGGUUUCUAAUGACAAAUAUGUAGAGAAUGCGAUGAUUACUAUGUAUGGCAAAUGUGGAAAUUUAGAAUCAGCAUGUGAUGUUUUUGAUAAGAUGAUAUCAAGGGAUCUUGCAUCAUGGAAUGCCAUGUUUUUUGCUUACAAGAUCUGCAAAUAUUAUGAUGAGGCUUUUGAUUUAUUCAAGACUAUGAAUUUAACUGCUAUUGAUGUUAACACAAUCACCAUCUCUACAAUGUUAUCGUUAUGUGCUGAAUCUGGUGAUUUAGAGAAAGGUAAACAAGUGCAUGCUUAUGUUAUGAAAACUGGAAAGGAGAAAGAUGUUGGUAAUGCAUUAUUGAGUAUGUAUGCUGAUCUUGACCACGUGCUUUCUGCUCUCAAGGUUUUCAGCAAAAUAGAAACAUUGGACAUAGUUUCGUGGAACCUUUUAAUCAUGGGUUUGAUGCGAAACCAAUUUCAAUCUCAGGCUUUGGAUGUAUUCAAGCAGAUGCAGCAAAGUGGAACUGAAUCAAACUCAUAUACCAUGGUCUCUCUUCUUUGUGGAUGCAAAGACUUAUCUCACUUGAUUGCAGGCAAAUCCAUCCAUGGGUACACUUUAAGAUAUAACCUCAAAUUUAAUUUGUCAUUAUGUACUGCGCUCACUGAUAUGUAUAUGGACUGUGGACAAGAAGUCUCAGCUAUGACUUUAUUUUGGAGCUCUUCUGACAGAGAUGUGAUUUCAUGGAAUGCUAUGAUUGCAAGCUAUGACAGGAAUGGGCGACCAGGAGAAGCACUCCAAGUCUUCUACAAGAUGCGGUCAGAAGUUCAACCCAACUCCAUAACGAUGAUAAAUGUUCUUCCUUCCUGUGCAGAAAUUGCAGACUUGCAACAAGGUAAAUGUUUACAUGCAUAUAUUAUCAGAAGGGGCCUGGAUUUUACUUCAGAAAUUUCAGUGGAAAAUGCUCUCUUAACUAUGUAUGCCAAGUGUGGAUGCAUCAGAAGUGCUGUAAAGAUAUUUGAUACAUUAACAAGAAGAGAUAUUGUAUCAUGGAAUGCUAUGAUUGCCGCUUAUGGAAUGCAUGGCUAUGGAGAAGAUGCACUUCGAAUUUUCUACCUAAUGCUUAAAUCAGGUGAAAAACCAACUAGUGUGACCUUCACCUCAAUUUUAUCUGCUUGUAGUCAUUCUAGUCUGACUGAUGAGGGAUUGGAAAUUUUUAAAACAAUGCUUGUCGUUUACAGAAUAGUACCAGAUAUGCUUCACUAUUCUUGUAUGGUAGAUCUGCUCAGCCGUGCUGGAUUCCUAGAUAAAGCCGGGGACUUUAUUCAAUCAAUGCCCUUAGAACCAGAUCCUAGUUUGCGGAGAGCUCAUUUGGCCUCCUACAACAUAUAUCCUGAUGCUGCAAUUGCAAGGUAUAUUGGUGAGAAGCUUAUUGAACUGGACCCAAUGAACAUUGGAAACUACGUAUUAUUAUCGAAUCUCCAUGCUACAGCUGGGAGCUGGGAGGAUGUCAAUGUAAUCAGAUCAGAGAUUAAGGAAAUGGGUUUGAAGAAGACCCCUGGACUUAGUUGGAUUGUGAUAAGAAACCAAGUUCAUUACUUUACCGCAGGGGAUACUUCUCAUCCUAUGUCUGAUCAGAUCCAUGAAACAUUAAGUUUGUUGUUCAGUAAAUUGAUAGAAAACAGAGAUGAUCUAUGAAACAUUGAGUUUGCCUGUAUUAGUCAAAUCAUUGUCAAAUUGAAGUGAAAUGAUCUGAAAUGUUAUGGAUUUGCUGCAAACACUGCAAUUGGUUUGUAAUUUAUUCUGUUCAAAGAAAUGUGAAUAUGUCAAAUUGAAAUGAGAUGUAUGUAUACAACUUUGUUUUUA